ACAGAGAACUGUUCGACUCAGAAGAGGAGACAACACGAAGUCAGAAUCAAGGACAGGAAUCCACCAUCCAGUACAGGUACUUUAUUUUUAUUACUACAUAUACUUUCCAUGUUAAAUAUGUUACUCUAAAAUGACUGAACUGCUGUUUGCUGUUUGUAGAAAUGGAGAACAUGAAGAGUGCCAGGAAAAACGACGAGGGAGAAGUCGGAAGGUAUGAUAAUGAAAAAAGUCUUAAUAUCAGAGAAAUUAGUUUUUUUAAGAAAUUGUGCUAAAACUUACUCAACCGCAUCAGUCUUUUUAACAAUUUAAAUCUGACCAAAACACAAUCUAUUAUGAUGUUAGGCUUGAAAAGCUGUUGAAGCAGAUCUAAUGUAACAGAAUUGAGAGUGAAUUUUAAGAAAAAGAUGUCAAAUGCAAACUAUCAGUUACUGUAAAUGAAACAUCCUUGUCUUUUAAAUGAAAAAAAGCUAAGUUUGUUUAUGCAUCUAAUUUCCUGAGCUCAUAAGGUUAGACAAAAGAAAUGAAAACGUCCAGCCCCUUUUCACUUCACUUUUUCAAAUCCCCUCGUAUAACCGUGUGAAUUUUUGUGCUCCUUACAGUGAUUUAUCAGAGCAAAUUAAAGCUGCCACCAAAAACAAUCACAUCCGAGCUGAAAACACACAGCUGAUGCUGAGUUACCAGAAGGGACAGAUCACCCUGCCACAGUACAAGGUAACAAAACUUCAUUCAAACUGGCUCCAAUUGUUAGAUUUGGGAUAAUUAUAUAUAUUUUUUGUUAGAUAUUCACCUGUACGCUUUUCCAUUAGGUGCUGCUGUGUUCCCUGUAUGUGAUCUACAAGGCGCUGGAGGAGGAGCUGGACAGGAAUUCUUCCCAUGCUGCUGUUGCACCGAUAUACUUCCCUCAGGAAUUGGCCCGUCUGGAGGCCCUUGAGAGCGAUCUUGAGCAUUUUUUUGGCUCAGAGUGGAGGAAGAAGGUGAUCGUACCUGCAGCCACACAGAGAUAUGAGCAGAGACUCCGAAAGGUGAGUGAAGUUGAAAACAUUCCUUUGUACUUAUUUUUCACAGCUGUGUUGAGCACUUAAUUCUAAUUGGUCAAUUUGGGGAUUCUUAGGUCUGCUAUUUCUGUAUAACGGACUGCUGCCAUAAACAACAGACCACUGCUUAAGUUGUAGCACUAAUAGAACCUUAUCUUAUCUUAAUGUCAUUGUAUCAAUCCAUAGCAAGCAAUCCAGUACCUUUAACAUCAGCCUCAUGAUCAGAAAGAGCAGCAAAGAAAAAGCUGUUAUAUCUUUGAUAAUGUACAACGGGUGGAUUGUUGUAACAGAAUAACGACCUGCUUGUUGUACAUUAUUGCAUAAACAUAAAAGUUCAUAGAAAGUAGCUGAGCAUGUUCUUCUUUUCAGAUUGGGAAAGAGCACCCAGAGCUGUUGGUGGCCCACGCCUACACCCGCUACCUUGGGGAUCUCUCAGGAGGUCAGGUUCUAGGGAAAAUUACCCAGAAGUCCCUUGGGUUGAGUGACAAAGAAGGGCUUUCAUUUUUCUCCUUCCCCGGUGUGACCAGCCCACACCGCUUCAAACAGCUGUACAGGAGUCGCAUGAACAGCAUCGAGCUUACAGAGGAGGAGAAGACAGAAGUGCUGGAGGAGGCUGUUGCUGCCUUUGAGCUCAACAUUCAGGUGAGCAAAUGACCACAUACCUGCUCACAAUGCAAAGCAACAAAAUUCGUGAUUUUUUUUAUUUUUAUUUUUUUGAGAUUUUUUUGUGGAAGUGUUUUACAUUCACUAUAGAUUUUAAAAAUUCGUUUGUUUUUUUUCUGAAUGACCUUUGAGUUGAGAAAUACAGCAGAAAAUUUGGAUUUACAAAAAUGUUACUUUGUAAUUCUGAGAUAAGUUUCAUGUUACCUUUGAAACACAGAGUACAUUUUUUAAGCUUAAACGACCGUUAGCAACAGUCUAAUACCCAUUUGUACCUUUAACAAUGUCAAAAGUUACCUGUCACUUAUGCUUACUGUAAUAUUAGCUAGGAGGUGGGUGUAGGCUAAUAUUUGCUGUCACUAACUAGUAGCUAAAGCUGCUUUUCAGUUACUAAUAAAUCCUGACGUGAAUAUUAUCAUGACCUUUGUGCUUUCAACAUGUAGCCUACUUGAUAAUCAAGGGAAACAAUGUGUCAUAAUAGCAAUGAAACAUUCCUUCAACACAACAUUAAUGUAGAGAGCAAAAAAGAGGAAGUGAAUCUAAGUAAUGUAGAAACAGGAUCCUGCCAUCUUGCUGAUUUUUUUUCUUUUCCUCUAGGUUUUUGAUGACUUGCAGAAAAUGUUGAGUAUCACAGCAGAAACAGUGAACCGAUCAGAGGGCAAUGACUUCAAAACUUCAAGAUUCCCAUCCUCACCCAUCAUGCAGUUCACUGUGGGAUUAUGCGUUGCACUGACCACGAUUGGAAUAGGUGUUUAUUCUCUGUAAGCCUUAAAUAUACCGGCAUUUUGAACAUUUCUGCACACACAGCACUUUAAUAAUCACGUUUGACACUCAUGUCGAGACUAAUUUCUUCCUUCUUUUUCAAAAUGAAUGGUUCUGUCAAUCUUUUGUCAUUUGUAUAAUCUUUAUUAAACUCUUAAUUGAAACAAUAAAGUCUCAAUGACCUUUUUCAAAUGUACAAA